GGCACAUCCGUGCGCAUUCGGCUGAACUCCGCUUGACUCCUGUGGGCUCGGAUUCCGGCGCCAGACAGCGGACUCACCCCCUCCGCCGGCCGACCCGCUCCCGACUCGCCGAGAAUGAUCUCCCGUGAUCUCCCGGCCAAGACCAUCCUGUUCGAGCAGAGGAAGAAUGGGACCACCUACCGGAUCCCCGCGCUGCUCCACCUGCCCGCCUCGGGGACCCUCCUCGCUUUCGCCGAGGAAAGGCGCAGCCCCGCCGACGUGGACGCCAACGUGUUGGUGGUGCGCAGGGGCGAGCUGUCCCGGAACCGGGUGGAGUGGGGGGCGAUGGAGGUGGUGAGGUCCGCCCUGCUGUCGGGACACCGCUCCAUGAACCCGUGCCCAGUCUACGACGGCUCCACUGGCACCAUCUUCCUCUUCUUCAUCGCCAUCCCGAGCAAGGUGUCGGAGGCGCAUCAGCUCCAGACCGGGGACAACGUGACCCGCUUCUGCUGUGUGAGCAGUUCGGACCUGGGCCGUAACUGGAGCAGCCCCGGCGACCUGACGGAGGCCACGCUGGGCCGCUGCCUGUGGGACUGGGCCACCUUCGGCUUGGGCCCCGGCCACGGCAUCCAGCUGCGGUGCGGGCGGCUCCUGUUGCCGGCCUACGCCUACCGCAUCGACGCCAAGGAUUGCUUCGGCAGGAGGUGCAAGACCAGCCCGCACUCCUUCGCCUUCUACAGCGACGAUCACGGGCAGCGCUGGCGGGCCGGGGAGCUGCUGAGCGGCCCCCAGACGGUGGAGUGCCAGCUGGUGUCGCUGGACGAGGGGCCGGGCGAGGCCGCCGUCUACUGCAACGCCAGGACACCGGGCACCUACCGGGUCCAGGCGCUGAGCUUGCACCGUGGCGCUGCCUUCCAGGAGGGCCUGCCCGUCCCCCGGCUGCCGGAGACACGGGGCGGAUGCCACGGCAGCAUGGUGGGUUUCCCGGGCCUUGUGUCCGGCCGGGCUAAAGAGUCCGGGACCAGUGACCGCUCCUCUUCCCCGGAGCUGCCCCCCGGUCUCCCCGCCACCACAUGGGCGCUGUUCUGCCACCCCACCAGCCCAACGGCCCGCCUGCACCUCGGCCUCUACCUCAGCGCCUCCCCGCCGGACCCGCACGCCUGGUCCGAGCCCUGGGUCAUCCACCGAGGCCCCAGCGCCUACUCGGACCUGGCCUACGUCGAGCCGGGCGCCGUCGGGCAGGAACCUCACCCCUCUCCCGCCGUCUUCGCCUGCCUCUACGAAUGUGGCGCGGCCACGCCGCACGAAACCAUCGCCUUCAGCCUGUUGACGGUGCGGGAACUGAUGCGCAACGUCCCGCACUCACCCGGCGGCAGCCAGGACCUCAGCACCGCCGCCCGCACCGCAUGUUGCUGCGUUACCUGAGCCCGGUGUGGCCGUGGCCCUUGGUCAGUGCUGGCGAUUUAAUGUACACAAACUGUAACCUGACAAAUAAAGACUAUAUAGCAAACCUA